UCAUUUGUUUUAUUAUCUGCUACAGGAAAGCCAGGAUGGGAUCCCAAGCUGCCUGCUUAUUCGUGUAAGAGCAUCCGGGACUCUGGUGACUCUAAAGGAGACGGGUGGUACUGGAUCGACCCUCAGAAGAGUGGAAACCCGUUGAAUGUUUACUGCGACAUGACAACUGACGGAGGUGAGAUCGGCUUCAACAAAAUCUGAAAUCGUGAGCAAUUAUAUUUAUAGCUCAUUCAAACUACUUUUCCGUUUCUGAUUGAACUAUAUUUCCCGGUUUAUUCUUUAUAAACAGUUCCCCCAUUAUCAAAUUUAAAGACAUCUAACGUCAAUUGUACAGAUAACGUUUGGGAGAGGGACAGCAGAAGGCGCAGUAGCUCUUUUUUUUUUUUUUUUAGCAAACUGAGGAUUCCCUUAUUCUGCCAAGACCGAAUAGGGUAUGGUUUUCAGGGUAACUCAAUUUUACUAAUUUACGUCUUGAACAUGGUAUCUUUUCUGACUGGACGCUAAGGCUGGCGAUGCGCGGUCUACAUGCCUAGGUACCAACAAUAUAUUUUAGAAAAAAAACUCUAAUUUCAUGAUGUUAAUUUAAAAAGCACCUCUAAAUUCCUUGUGUAAAACGAAGUGAAUCAGAGGUGUGAAAUUAGGUCUCUUGUCUUUAACAGGGUAGCAAAAUAAACAAUUUUUUGUCUUAAACAGGGUUAGAGUUUGAAGGGCUCGGCGACUCCUCCCCCAUCCUAAACAACCCCCCCUCCUUCCCGGGGGAUUUCAUACGUUAUGCGUAGGAGACAGCCGUUCAACUAUUUUCAUUGAUAUGUUUGCUCCGAAAUGGGCACACGGGCCCCAUAACUUAGCACGUUUUCCCUCCUCGGACCAUUGCAUUACGCCUGGGUAUUGAGCGUAGUAUUCAAAUGCGUUGCCAACAUCAGGAUCACUGAUCAGAUCGCUUUUAAUUUCUAUGCGUUCAUGCCCCGAGAGGGCAUAUAUACUUGCGUGUUUUGUGCCGUUCCGGCUUUCGUCGCUGAGCAUGGCCGAAGUUCCUGUCGCUAUCCUUCCUUAUGUUCUGGAAGCCGUUCGCCCGGCUGCGAUACCUCCUUCGAGUUACCUUUUAUAGCGUGGGUCGCUUUCAGACUGGAUUUCAUGGCGGGUAUCAUUUUCCAUUUCAUUUUCUUAGCGUGUGUCGCUUCGACUUGUUUCACACCGUACGUCGCUUUCAGUUGUUAUGGCAUGUGUCGCCUUCACGUGGAUUUUUCUCGGCGUGUGUCGCUUUUCAGUUAGCCAUUUCUAGCGUGAGUCGCUUUCACUAGUUUCAUGGUGGCUUUCGUAUUUUGCUCUCCAUUUUGUGUUUACAGCGUGUGUCGCUUAUAGGUUGUUUUCAUGGCGUGUGUCGCCUUCAGGUUGUUUUCACAGCGUUUGUCGCCUUUAGGCUGUUUUUAUGGCGUGUUUCGCCUCCAGUUAGCAAUUUCUGGCGUGUGUCGCUUUCACUCUAGUUUCAUGGUGUAUUUCAUAUUUUGCUCUCCAUUUAGUGUUCAUAGGGCGUGUCGCUUACAUCUUGUUUUCAUGGCCAUGGCAUGUACCACCUUCAAGUUGUUAUCAUGGCGUGUGUCACCUUAAGGUUACCGGCAUUUCUAGCUUUCGACCUUUUUUAGACUAGUUUUUAUAACGUGCUUUGCCCUCAUUUAUUUUAUUACUUUUUUAUUUGUGUCGCGGGUGUCGCUCUUAGGUUUCCUCAGCCUUUAUAGCGCGUAUCCCUUUCAGGCUGGUUUCUUUAUGGUAUUUUCUGCUCCUAAUUUAGUUUUCGUAGUGUGUGUCACUUUAAGUCUAGCAUUUGGCAUCUUCUGCUCUUAUUUAUUCAGUAUGUUGUUCCUUCCUUUUGUGAUCGUUUUUCAUGGUGUGUUGCCUCUUUUGUCCUCAUGUGCGGCGCGUCAUUUCGGUCUUGUAUUUCACAUUUUCUACAUACUCCUUCGCACAUCCUGUAGUUUGUCGCGUCUUUCCUUACGUUCGUUGUUGCUUACAUUUUCUUUUCCGCAACUAGUUCCAGUAUUCGGACAUUUUCUUCCCUAUUUCUUUGUUUGUUCGUCAAUGUUAUGGAAGUAAAAAGAUUAGUUUUUUCUACUUUAUUUCCUAGGGCCCUUUUUGUUUUCUCGUCUUUUAUUCUCUUGACAUUUUAAAGCGAUGUUAAAGUGGUAAGCUUUCUAUUGCCAGUACGCACGGCACGUGCUUUUAUCAUCAAUUUUCCCGGUUCGAAUUUAGAAUUCAUGGCCAUGGCAUCUCUGUUCUGUUUUGUUUUACAAAUAUCAGUGCACGAUGUACACACUUGGGGGCUCUUAAACGGGAAGACGGCCGCUUUCAUCCUGUUAUUUGGAAUUAGUCAUCCGCGGUUCUAUGGCUUAGCUGCCUGGGCUAUUUUCUACGUUCCAGAUUUAUUUAGCCAUUUGUUAUUAGUUUUACAGGCCUGGAUCGGCCUGGUUGGUGGCUCCCCUUUUCCCCCUUAUUUCUUUUUUCCAGUUUCGGUUUAAAGCUAUCACAUGGGGUAUAUGUGCGUUGCCUUCGUGGUAAUCUAUUUCCAAUUUUUUCGCUUAGCUUUUAGGCACUGUUUAAAAUUCGGUUAAAACGAACGAGAUUCCGUCAGAUCUGAUCAUUCAUGGUGUAACUGGAAGGGGAGCCCUCCAGUUGCGCCGGUCCGCUCCCGUCCCCCUCAUCGGUCUUGGCUAUUUCUUUGGCUUUGGGAAGUCGACCCUUUUUCCCACGCAAAAGUCGGUUUUUCAAGGGUGUAUCAUAGAUUAUACUUACACUGCGUUUUUGAUGCCCCUAGAUAAGAAGGUUAAACUUGCUUCUUUUCAAGAAAAUAUGCUUAGCUACAAGACAGUAUUUCCAAGUCUCUGCAGAAGUCUGUGGGAAGAUAAACUCCUUUACGCUCUUGUACCUGCCGCCAGGUUGUUUUUUUGUGCGGCGUGUUUGGCCGUAUCACUCGGGACUGGCGUCUCCGAGAGAUGUUCCUAUAGGGUGAGCUUCUGAGAUUGAGGGGCAUAUGACGAUUUUUCUAAUGUUGUUGACUUAGUGGCAGCAUUUGGCGCUUGGGUAGAAAUUAUUUUCGCCCAUAUCUUAGUAUUCCCCGCUUGUGCCAUAGAGGUGCAGCAUACCAAUGAAAAUUCUCCUACGAUGUAAAAUAAGGUAGUGCUACAUAAUUUUUAUGACGUAAUGCAGAGAAUCUAAGAACAAUAUGCUAUUUCGACAGUUUAGAUCAGCCUGUUUAGUUCACCAUUCAAAGUAUUUUCGGUCAUGCAAUCGAAUUGAGUUCAAAAAUACACUGCCUGUUUAUGCCACUAAGAAAAAAUAAUAACGAAUAAUAUUGAAGGUCCUUGAAGCAAAAUAGUUCGAAAGGCUUCAUCGGAAUAUUUUAGCACGUCGUUGUCAUUCAUUGCCACAGUGAUAUGUUUAGACAGUAGUAGGAGAAUUUUCAUUGGUAUGCUACACCUCUAAUGGCACUCGCGGGGAAUACUAAGAUAUGAGCGAAAAUAAUUUCCGCGUAUGCGAAGAAGUGCAGCAUAACCGGGUUUUCGUCGCCGAUGGAGGAGGGGGGAGGGGGGGGGGGNUUAAAUACUACCCUCAAUACCCAGAGGUAAUGCAAGGGUCCCAGGAGGGAAAACGUGCAAAGUUAUGGGGCCUGCGUGCCCAUUUCGGAGCAAAUAUAUCAAUGAAAAUAGCUUCAUUCUGCCUCGGAACUUUCGCGGAUGACUUUAUUAUGUUGCCGCCUCGCAGCCUCGUGUCUGCUUGUUGGCAAUUAUUUGAAUAGCUGAAGAAACAAGUUGGGGUGCGUUUCUCUACAAAAAAUACCAAAAACGGAUUAUUGAUACAAAAAAUUUGCAACGGGGGUGGAUCCAAAACCGGAUAUUUGGAUGCAUGAUGCGAAGCGUUUCUUUAUUACGGAUCCGAAAAGAGUGAAUACAGUAGGCAGUAACUCAAAACAAUUUUAAUACAUACAGCAGCUGUUUUGCAACGUAACGCUGCUCAUCGCAACGGCCAUUUUUAAACUCGAGGCAUGAAUUAAACAACUGAUUUUAUCCCGCGCAAUUUUUAUCGGGAUAGUAAAAUGGCAAUACAGACGGGACCUGCAUGGUUCUAGUUCAAAACGGCAAAUCGAGACAAUUCGCCGAGGCGAAGUGCAACAUUUUACAGUAACGUUUCACAAUGUCGGGACUGUUCAGUCAGAUCAAUCUGCUCUAGCCUGCGUAGUAGCAGGCGUCGAAAGGGGUAGGGGAUAGAGAGGAAGGGAAAAAGGGAGGGGGAUUGGGGAGAGAGGGUAAGGAACGCCUUCUAUAAGAACCCCCUUUUGUUCAUCGUCCGCAAAUAGUUGUAUGGCUGAGCCGUGAUGAAUAACUUAUUGGCUUGUAUCCUGGCGUGUAUUAGUGAGAGACAAAGAUGAUGAAGGCAUCAAGUAAAUGUGUUCUACUGUCAUAAGCUUUGGAAGAUCAAAAUUACUCCAAUCAUGCAGCAACUUAAAGUUAAUACCCGAACUGGAACCAACUGUAAUAGCUUUGAAAAAUAAUCCUGAAAGCCAUCACGUAGGGCCAGAAUGGCUUGAGACUUUUCAACCCCCUUACGCAUCAAGCAAGGUGAAGUAGAGUAAGCUACUUUUUAAAAGCGAUGCCAUCCGAAAUCGGAUUUCCGAUGAAUUUCACAAGCGGUGUAUUUCUUAACCAAAAACUCAUUAAACAAACCAUCCACGAAUAACAGGAGAAUCUUAAUAGCGAGCUGCAUUUAAUUAAUUUUGUACAUCCAGUAGAAAAAGACGGUUAACAGCAUCAUAAGAUGACAAAAACCUCCGUCAGCCUCAGCCAUCUGCGUAAACAAGUUUCCAAAUGUUGCAAAAUAUUUCCACAUCAAUUCAUCUGUCAAAUUUUGACCAAUCGGACAAAAAAUUGUGAGUAGAGCAUGGCCAACGCAUGACUAUGGUGAGAAAUGCUAAAAGCAUCUGCCUUCCCUGCGUGUUAAAAACUAACUAAAUUUUCGCGUCCAAAGUCAGUUUGAAAUCAAAAUUUUAAUUGUUCAGCUCAUAAACACAACUUAUUUCCUGUGCAUUGAAACAAAAUUGAGUUUGAGUCUGCGAAUAUUUGAAAACUAUUAAAUUCUCUAUGGAUAAAUUAAAAAAAAAACGUACACUCGAUGAGUCAAGAAAUAAGCCCGCGAUACGGUCAAGAGAUACUGGUCAGCGGAUACCCUGUUUUGUCAGCUGUCAACUGACCAAUACAUGGAUGUGCUAUAUCAGGUUGCAGGCUCCCAAACUAGCUAGAAAGUGUGAGAUUUAAUAUUGGUUUCCUUGUUGUGCAGACGGAGGGACGGUCACGUGACUACCAAAUUUUCUCGGGUAGUUAGAAGCGCGCACGUCAAGCUUCGCUAUUAAAACAGCCAUUCUUAUUGAUUUUACAGAAUGUAGAACUUUAAUAAAAUACCUCUUUAUUUUCACAUUUUUAUUUCAGGAGGCUGGCUUCUUAUUUCCAACAUCACGAUGGAAAGUUCAACUCCUCCCUAUCACCUGCCAGUCAAGACUUCAUACCGUGGAAUAACCAGUGAUCAGAUGGUUCUCACAAAAACCGCCAUGAUUGAGCUGAGAACACUCUUGUCUUUCACCCAACUGAGAUUCCACUGCAGUAAAAACAAUGGACGUACGUUCCACGUGACCACUGCUGAUAACAGCGCUGGUGAAGCUGUAGUCCAGUACUUCAGCGGUCAGACGGAUGUCCAGCCCGCCUCGUGUGGCUCAUACGUUAGAAUGGAGAAUGACAACUCAAGGUUAGCAGGUGUUUGCCAAAAUUGGGGAAAGGAAAGAGGUUCUAUGAUGGUUGGUAAAUGGGGCUAUGAAUUGGAUCAAGACAGAUUACACGACCACCCUGCUUUUUCUUUUCAUUAUGCUCAUUGGGCGCUUAAUCAUAUUGACUACAGUGGGGGCGUGGCGAAAAGAUGGGAAUGCGAUGAUCUGAAGGUUGGCGUGACCACUGGUGAUUUCUGGAAAAUUUACGUUCGCUAA